AUGCACUUUCUUUUACUAUUUUAUUUCGUUUUUAGUCUUUCAUCGAUUCAUUCUCAAGAUGAUGGCUUUAUCGGUGAAGAAGAAAUCUUGCAAAAUCUUGUCAACUCAACAUAUAAUACAAUGAUUAGACCAAAGAUUAUUGACUCAACAGGCACUCAACAGCCAAUAACUGUCUCGGUUAGCAUGCACAUUAAUUCGAUGGAUCUAAACGUACAAAAGGGUUAUGUCAGUGUACAACUCUUCCUACGCGAACAAUGGAAAGAUCCGCGUCUUUCCUAUCAACAUCGAGGCCAGCUCAUUCCACCAUUUGUACAGAUGAAAGAAAAAGCGAAUGAAGAUUUCAUUUGGACACCUGAUACAUUCAUUCCGAGUCAAAAAAUCUCGAAGACGUCUUACAGUAAACAUUCGGUAAUUAAAGUAUUUGCAGAUGGUCUUGUGACGUGCAGUCGAUUUUUGACAAUUACACUCCCUUGUGCAAUCGAUUACUCGAGAUACCCAAUGAUGAAUGUGACUUGUGUGAUUUCUCUCGAAUCCUAUGGUUUUCCCAUUCAUGAUCUAGAUUUUCAAUGGGGACAGGAUGAUCAUCAUGCAAUUACUUUAGAUCAUUUACAAAUCUCACCAUCAAACUUCUACCUUCACGAUUUGAGCUUUAAUAAAACGGUCAGCCAUUACACUACCGGAUCUUACAGUACGCUGAAUGUGGAUCUACAUUUUGGGAGAGCUUUUGGUUCUGAUCUUUUAAAGUUUUACAUACCCAGCACGAUGAUUGUGAUGAUCUCUUGGAUCUCCUUUUGGAUUUAUAGAAAUCAAAUAGCUCCAAAAGCGAUGAUUUCCAUGUCAGCAAUGAUUCUGAUGUUUAUUUUGUCGACAACAGCUGCAAAUCAAAUCCCAGAGACUUCUUACUCAAAACCAAUCGAUUGCUGGAUGGGAAUUUGCUUUCUUUUUCUUUUUAUUGGACUAAUUGAAUUGGGAAUUGUCGCAUAUUUUGAUCAAAGAAAAAGAGUCAAAGAAGCUCAGCAACAAAAUCAAGAAACACUGCUGACUGGCUAUCAAAACUACAAUCACCAUGGAAAUAAACCUUACAAAGGAUGGAAUUUGCGUUGGCUGUUCAGGAAUGAUUUUCCGAACUUUAUUGAUGUCAUUUCAAGU